AUGAAAUUUUCAAAUUUCCCUAAAGUCGCUUUUUUGGCGCUGAGCUUUGGGCUGAUAAGAGAAACAGACGCUCAGGCAGAAUUGACAAAUCCGACUAGUUAUGAUAUUUCGCAGUUUUGGCCCGGAGGAUUUUCUGCGAAAAUUACCAUCGGCAUCAAAAGAGAAAUCAGAUUCGGAUGGCUGAUGAAAUUGACUUUCACUUCUCCUGUCACUUCGAUUGAGAUUUUCGACGCUCAAGUGGCCGAAGUCAGCGCGGAUGGACAAGUCUAUCUCCUCAAAAAUCAAAACUACAAUGGUCGACUUCAAACUCAUCAAGGCGAAGUGUCAAUGUUUUUCACCGGAACGCAGCCUGAUGGUUCCAACGGGCCGCCAAACUCGGAUCUUCUGUUGAUUGAGCUGAUCAACACUUUUGAGACGAUAGAAGAGGCGCUGAAAAGAGUCGGAACAACAUUGGAAAGAGACGGAACUGGCAACACUCUCGAUACAACACCAUCAAGCCGAGUAAACCCUGUCUUCAACGGCGCAAACGUCGCUGUCAACACUCCUCCACCACCAAACCCUACUGCCUUUUCCGUCAUCACGACCACCACCCCUCCAUACGUCCACGAUGUCGCCCAUGCUAUCCACCUCUCCUUUCUUUUUUUCGAAGCCCAGCGAAGCGGAGAACUCAGCAUGCAUCCAAAACGAAUCGACUGGCGCCAAGAUUCCGGCUUGACGGACGGAGGAUAUCACAAAGUAAAUCUCGUCGGUGGAUAUUUCGUCGACCACGAUUUUGUCAAGUUCGGAUUCCCGAUGGCCAGCGCGAUGACUCUUCUUGCCUGGAGUGUGGUUGAGUUUAAAGAAGCGUACGUCCAGGCGAACGAGUAUCGAGUAGCUAUGGACGCCCUUAAAUGGGCGGCAGACUACUUCAUCAAAUGCCACACUAACCCCUUCGAGUUCUACGGCCAAGUCGGCCAGACAAAAGACACGAAUGAGUACUGGGGGCGACCGGAAGAUAUGCUCGAAGCUUUCGACGAAAUUUCGUUCAAAUGCACGAACAAGCGUCCCUGCUCUGAUCUCAUCGCCGAAACAGCCGCUGCCUUGGCCGCAACAUCCAUGGUUUUUCGCGGAUUCGACGAGAAAUUCCAACGCCGAUGCAUGGAAAAAGCAAUGCAGCUCUACAAAUUCGCCAAUCAGUACCAAGGCAGUUAUCACGAAUCGAUCCUCGACGCCGCCAAUCGCUACAAAUCAUACAACGGCUUUCACGACGAACUCGCUUGGGCAGCGCUCUGGAUCGCCAAGGCCGUUCAAAAUCGAGAGGCCCGGCCAAUUUGGAUCAAAAAAGCGACUGCUCAUAUGAAAAAAUUCAACAAGCGCCAGCCGAUGGAGUAUUACAACUGGGAUGAUAAACGAAUCGCUGUUCACACGAUGCUGGCAAGUUUGACGAAAGCUGAGCCGCAUUGGGGCCCAACCAUUCGAUUUUGCGAUAAAUUGUUGCCCGGUGGCGGGGCGGAUUACACACCGGCGGGGCUUCUUUUCCUGACAGAAUGGGGCACUCUUGAAGCAACGACGUCUUCCUGCUUUUUGUGCCUCAUCGCAGCGGAAAAUAACAUCCGGCCGAAUGUAUACCGGCUUCUCGCGAAAAAGCAACUGUACUACGUUCUCGGAGAAAACACCGGGCAAUCCUUUGUCGUCGGCUACGGGAAGAACGGAGGCCCCCAGCGGCCGUACCACAAGGCCAGUUCGUGUCCCUACAAACCGGCAAAAUGCGGCUGGGCGCAGAAAGACUCGGAAGACCCGAAUCCUCACAUUUUGCACGGCGCUGUCGUCGCCGGUCCGAAUCCGCUCGAUGAGUUUCUCGAUGACCGAAGCGACUACCAACAUUCGACGGUUACGCUGAACACUAACGCUGGAUUUACAGCCCUCGCCGCUGGAGUGCUAACGCUAGAAAUCGAAGGAACACUGAUUGAAGACAAAAGUACGCUGUCAGUGGGAGACUCGAAAGUAGGGCAGAAGUUGCUUGCGAUGGGGACUUUUGCACCUGACUAUGGAGAGUUGAUAGGUCUCUCUCUUCUCUUCUACGAAGCCCAACGCUCCGGGAAAAAAGGCGACUCCCGGAUCGUCUGGCGCGGAGACGCUGCCCUUCAAGAUUUCGGCGAUGACAACGAAGAUUUAACUGGUGGUUAUUUCGACGCCGGUGAUUUCAUGAAAUUCAAUUUUCCGAUGGCUUACAGUAUGACCACGCUCGCUUGGGGAGGAGUCCAGUACAGAGAACAAUACGUAGAGGCGGGAGAGCUGGAUAAUUUGAAAAAGGCUCUGCGACACGGAGCGGAGUACCUGAUCAACUGUCAUCCGGAAAAGUACAAGCUCUACGGACAAGUGGGCAUCGGAGAAAUCGACCACAAGCGCUGGGGAAGACCAGAAGACAUCACUUGGGCGCGAAAAGCAUUUGCGAUUACUGACGAGCGGCCGGGAACAGAUCUAGCUGGUCAAACAGCGGCGGCUCUAGCUUCGGCGAGCAUUUUGCUCCAAGAAGACGACCCUCAAUUCGCCGCGAAAUGCCUGAAACACGCUCGGGACUUGUACGAAUUCGCGGAUCGAUAUCGCGACUAUUACCACCGAGCGAUUCCAGACGCUGAAAAGUAUUACAAAUCCUCUGGCUUCGGCGACGAACUAACUUGGGCGGCGCUUUGGAUUUACUACGCUACUUCUGACAGUUGGUAUCUCAGAGCGGCGCAGAAAAAGUACGAAGAGUUCGCGCUUUCCACCGCUGAUCCGUUUGCUUAUUUCUGGGACGACGUGACGAUCGGAGCGCAAGUUUUGCUCAAGAACAUGACUGCCAGUGCUGAUUAUGAUAUUCCAAUCAAGCGGUUUUGCGACAAGUUUAUGAAGGACAGCGGAAAAGCUUUCACCCCAAAAGGUUUGCUUUUCCUGGCAGAGUGGGGACCAAAUCGCUACGCGGCAAAUAUCGCAUUUGUUUGUGGAAUCGCCGCGGAUCUCGGAAUCAAUAGUUGCCGCUAUCGCGAGUUCGCCAAGUCGCAAAUCGACUACUUUCUCGGAAAAGACGUUCGCUCCUACAUCGUCGGCUGGGGGCGCAAUCCGCCGACAAAAUAUCACCACCGAGCCAGUUCUUGUCCUCCCAAGCCAGUUGCAUGCACGAAAGUAGCAGAAACGAGCCCUGAUCCGAAUCCGCACGUUCUCCUUGGCGCUCUUGUUGGUGGGCCGGAUAUUAACGAUCGUUACUACAAUGAGCGCUCGAAUUAUAAACAAUCAGAAGUGGCGCUGGACUACAAUGCUGGUUAUCAAGGAGCACUGGCGGCUCAACUGUACUUAGAGAUGAAUCCUCCGCCGCCCUGUAUCACGACAACUACGACGACAACGACGACAACAACGACAGCUUCUACGAUUUCAACAAAAGCGGAAAGCGAAGUCGGAAUCAACGAUGUCAUGUCCGGCGGAAUGUGCUACGACCCCCAAAUCGGCUGGGUAAGAUGCAAUAACGGAGCAUCCCAGCCAGCGGCAGGCGCUUCCGAUGACGCAGGAUUACCAGCUGACAUUGUGAACGACUACUUGGGGUUAGACGACUAUGAUGAUUAUGAUAGUCUUCCUGGACUGGACUACGACUUUCAAAACUACGAUUUCGACAUUUCCGAUUACUACUACAAUCCUUUGCCGGGAUUAUCCAAUCAAAUGCGAGAGAAAAAUAUUCUCCCAGAAAAUACAGGCAAGCCGAGUUUACCGUCGCGUCCUUAUUCCAACAUCUCUCCCGGUCAAAAAGACGAAGAAAUCACAUUCGAGCAGCUCGAGCGCGAAAUCGAAAAAAUCAAAGCCGGCGUUGAUCCAAAGGAAAUCUUCAGAAUAACAACCACAAAAGCCACUCCUUACAUCCCUCCCAACCCGUUCACCGUUCCUGAAUCGAUGGGUCUUCCUCGAAACAAUCAAGCAACCCCAGCAGCGACGACGAAGCCGACAACAAAAACGACAACAGUUUAUGUUCCCCCAGCAAAACAAUAUCGAAUCACGACAAAAUCGACAACGACAACGACAACAGCCUCCACUACAGAUGAAACAACAACGACGACGGAGCCGAAAGAGGAAACGACAAAAGCGCCGAUUAAAAUCAGCAGGCGGCCGAUCAAAAAAGUGAAGUUGCGGGAAGGAAUUCCGGAAAAGAAAGAAACUGGACUGAAUCCGGAGCUCGAGGAAUUGAUCGAAGAAAGGGUCAAUUGCGAGAUUGGCUCUAUUACGGACGCAAUUAAAACCUGUGCCCUGACAGACAAUCCAGAAAGCUCCUGUAGAUAUUCUUCCUUUGACAGAUGCGUUCAAAUACGCGCAGGGCACUGCGAGGAUACCCCUGAAAUUUUCACUUUCUGGAACAAUGACGAAAAGAAUGACUUGCGAUUCGAACUCGAUGAAAUGAUUUGUACAAAAGACGCGCUUCGGGCUGGCAAAGAUUUCUGCCCAGUUGCCGAAAUCAUUUUUACGUUUGAUAACUGCCUAGUUGAAGCAGAUGAUGGAAGGGAUGAGCCGAGUGACAGUCCUUGUCGUUUUUCGACUUUUGAGCGAUGCGUCAAUCGAAAAAUCAUCAAUUGCUACAUGCUCUGGGAUAUUUUCGGCCAAUGGAAUGCGAAAGUAACUCCUGUCGAGAAGCAAAUCUGGCCUGAUACAGCGUGCUCUCAAUACAAAAUCUUCAUUGCUACAAUUUUGGUUGUAAUUCUAAGUUUGCUGCACCUUGUUUAG